UUAUCCGAAAGGUGUCUGGUAGCAUUCAUUGCUUGGCACAUCACUCACUGUUCGCGAAUUCUGUGAGAGAAGGUCGAGUUCGUGCCAGUUUUGGGGUGUCCUAAGCACAGGCUCUUAACGCUUCACGGUCAGUAUGUUGGAAGGGAAGGCGACGAUCCAAGAAACGGACAUGCCAUUGGAGAUGCAGAUGCAGGCGAUGUCGUCGGCCUCCGAAGCCCUCGACCUCUUCGACGCCUUGGAUUGCAGGAACAUAGCCGGCCACAUCAAGAAGGAAUUUGACGUGGUAUAUGGGCCCGGUUGGCAGUGCGUCGUCGGUUCCAGCUUCGGCUGCUUCUUUACACACUCGCUAGGGACCUUCAUCUACUUUCAUUUGGAGACUCUCCAGUUCUUGAUCUUUAAAGGAGCCUCUGCAUAGUUUCACCAUUCCAUUAAAUCAGGAAUUAUGUGAUGUUUUCUUUUCUUUUCUUGGCCUCUUAUAUAUAUAUAUAUAUAUAUAUAUAGUUUUAUGUGUUGUUUUCCUUAUUCUUUUUCUUUGCCUCUUAUUUAUAUGUAUUGACUUAUAUAGUGAUAAGUUCUAAAAGGAUUUUAUAUAUAUUCAAGGUUGAUUUUAUAUUA